CUGCCGGCGCGAGCGCGUUCCCCUGGCGGUUCUUCUUGCAGAAGGGGCUGCAGGCCCGGCUCUGCUGCAACUAUGGCCUCCGGGCUGGUGGAAGCGCUGUGGGCGCUGAGCCCGCUGCGUGCGGUGUGGCUGGCGCUGGACGCCGCCUUCCUGCUGAGCCUGCUGCUGCAGCUCGCGCCGCCCCGCCUGCUCCCGGAGUGCUUGCUCUUCCAGGACCUCAUCCGCUACGGGAAGACCAAGCUGACAGAGCCGGCGCGCCCGGCCGCCUACCGCGCCUUUGACGUCCCCAAGAGGUAUUUUUCUCACUUCUAUGUCAUCUCUGUGCUGUGGAAUGGCUUCCUACUUGGGUGCCUUUCCCAAGCUGUGUUCCUGGGAGUGCCUUUUCCAAAUUGGCUUCAUGGUCUGCUCAGAGCUCUUGGGGCAGCGCAGGCACAAGGCGGUGAGCUGGUGCUGUCUGCCUUCUUGGUACUCCUAUUUCUGUGGCUUCACAGCUGGCGGAGACUCUUCGAGUGCUUCUAUGUCAGUGUCUUCUCCGAUGCCGUGAUCCAUAUCGUGCAGUACUGUUUUGGCCUUGGCUACUACGUCCUCGUCGGCCUGACCGUGCUUAGCCAGGUGCCCAUGGAUGGCAGAACUGUAUAUGUAAUAGGGAAAAAUCCCUUGAUGCAAGCACGGUGGUUCCACAUCCUUGGGAUGAUGAUGUUUAUCUGGUCAUCUGUCCACCAGUAUAAGUGCCACGUCAUUCUCGGCAACCUCAGGAGAAAUAAAGCAGGAGUGGUCAUUCACUGCAACCACAGGAUCCCUUUUGGAGACUGGUUUGAAUGUGUUUCCUCCCCUAAUUACUUCGCAGAGCUGAUGAUCUACAUUUCCAUGGCUGUCACCUUUGGUUUCUACAACUUAACUUGGUGGCUGGUGGUGAUAUAUGUCUUCGGCAGCCAGGCUCUCUCUGCUUUCCUCAGCCACAAAUUCUACCAAAGCAAAUUUGUCUCCUACCCAAAGCAUAGGAAAGCUUUCCUCCCUUUUCUGUUUUAAGAUAACCUCAAGUCAUAAAGAGUGCCAGCUAAAUGACAGUGUGAAGUCAGAGACUAAAGUGCCAUUUCUGCAGGACUGGUUAAAAUUUUCUAUUCCACUUUUACAUUAAAAAGAAUUUCAUCACGUAAGGAGAACAGGCCUCAAGAAGAUGACUCACGGCCAGCGAUAUGGCUCAGUAGAGUAAGCACUUGCCUGGCAAGCACAAGGGCUUUAGUUCAAUCCCUGGUUCCACAAGAAAAAAAAAAAGAGAAGAUGACUCAUCAGAAUGUCUUCAU